AUGUAUGUGUACUUGGUAUCACGAUGGCGUCGAUGGACGCUCAUACUGGUAUUAAUCUUGACACUAUUGCUCCAAACGGCCAAUGGUCGUCUUCUUUUACGUGAGAAUUAUGGUGAUCAAACGAACGAGAAUGCAGCUUUUGGACUGAACUCACUAGGUGAUGUGGACAUGGGAGUUGUCACGACUAACUCGACCCAGAAACUCACGACGGUGACGAAGAGCCUGUGGAAUUCAGACAGCAACCCCAAGGAUGUCAAUCAAGUAAACAGUGACACGUCUGUUUCAUUCAAUAGUUUAGUAAAGGUGACGACACCUAUGCCGAUUGUACAAACUACCGCGUCGAGUACGUCAGCGUCCAUAGACUGCGACAUUAUGACUUUGAACGAUUCCAGUAGCAAGAUACAUACAGGGAAUUUGAACCACGGUGACGACGGAUACGAUGGUAUUGAUAAUUCGGUUAAUCAUGUAUCAUACAACGCCGGUGAUGGUAACAGCUUGGACAGCAAGUCGACUAACGACGAGAUGACCCCUAAAGUGGGUACUCCUAACAUGGCAACAGCUCAUAUGCCUACCCAAUCACCGACUCUGCCGUCUACACAGUCACCGGUUCUGCCCGCUACACAGUCAGCUCUUGCGCCUACCCCAUUAACGAAUUUGCCCUUUACACAGUCAACUCAUGCGCCGCCAACUAAUGCACCGCCAACCAAUCGCCGCCAACUAAUGCACCGCCAACCAAUGCGCCGCCAACUAAUUGUGAUAGCUGAGGAGUCCAACUCCAUUAAUAAUGCUGCGACGUUGGAAAACAAGCCAACAUCAGCUAAUUCGACGACAGCAAACAGGUCUUUUGACCAAACGAUUAUUGUAGUUAGUGUUGGUGUCGUUGGUGCUAUUGGCUCACUGCUUAUGAUUGUUUCGCGCAAGGUAAUGAAGGAGUUACGUGAUGAUAAGGACUUGGAGGAUUCCAGUAUUAUCUAG